UCCUUAGUCAUUGUUCCUAUUUUCCUCGAGUUUUUGGAACCGAUCAAGGCAACCACCGCGAGGCUAUAAUAAAUUUCGCCGGAUUCUCUGCGAAUGUAUGAUAUAAGCAGAUACAAGCAGUGCUAUAAGUUCAGUAGCAGUUGAAAGUUUGUUUAUAAAUAUUGACUUCUAACCAGUUAUCUCUUCCCUGGGGGCAAAAGUCUUGCGUAAAGUUGUUUAUUUGUGAGUAGUCAGUGUCGUAUAGGUGAAGUAUGGAACCUCUAACAAUAACUGGUACCGAGUUAUAUAUCAGAGACAACGCAAAACAACACCAUACUGAUGAAUACGAUCUGGUGAAAGCCGAAACACCGACCUGCAUCUUGCGAAGAGGAGCAGAAUUUUUCUUAGCGUUGAGGUUCAAUCGAGACUAUGACAUCGAGAAAGAUAUCAUCAGAAUCAGCUUUGGAUUUGGCGAGAAACCGAAUCCAGUUUCCGGUACCAAAGCCGUUCGUCCGGUACUACCGAAACUCAAGCAUUUCCCGAAAAGCUCCCAGAUAUGGGGCGUCAUGUUAACUCAGAACAGCGGCACCUCCAUAGUUCUGAACAUUCGCAUUCCUCCACACGUACCUGUCGGCAUCUGGAAAAUCUCCAUUGCGACGGCCAUUUCUGGACAACGAGGGAUCCGUAAAGAUUUCACCAUACCUGAUGACAUCUACAUCCUCUUCAAUCCUUGGUGCCCUGAAGAUGGCGUGUACAUGGAAAACGAAGAAGAAAGACAGGAAUACAUCAUGAAUGAAACGGGGAAAAUCUGGUGUGGGACUUUCAAAAAACCGAAUGGAAAGCAUUGGAUUUUUGGACAGUUUGACGAGAUAUCUCUACCUGCAGCUGUUUUUUUACUGGAUAAAUCUGAGCUGGUACCAGCGAAAAGAGGAAACCCUGUCAUGGUUUCCAGAGCCAUUUCCGCCAUUAUAAAUGCUGUCGACGAUGGUGGUCUUUUGGAGGGUAAAUGGGAAGGCGACUAUGCUGAUGGAACUUCUCCGUUCGCUUGGACUGGUUCUACCGCCAUUUUGGAACAGUACUUGAUGACCGAGGGGACUCCCGUGAAGUACGGACAGUGCUGGGUCUUCUCCGCAGCCACUGUCACUGUUUGCAGAGCGUUGGGUAUCCCCUGCAGAUCAACAACCAAUUACGUGUCUGCUCAUGACACCAACAGUUCACUCACGGUGGAUAAAUAUUUCGACAUUUUCGGUGAGAAAUUGGAAAGCGGUCCUGACGGUACCUGCAACGACUCAUGCUGGAACUUCCACGUGUGGAACGACGUUUGGAUGACGAGACCGGAUCUUCCUGUCGGCUACGGCGGUUGGCAGAUCAUUGACGCCACUCCUCAAGAGCAAAGCGAUAAAGUUAUGAGGUGCGGGCCCGCUUCUGUGGCUGCUGUGAAGAAGGGGGAGGUUGGAUAUCUUUACGACACCCCUUUUGUGUUUUCUGAAGUCAAUGCGGAUAUUAUGCACUUUCAAGAGGACGAGGAGUCUGAUUGGGGCUUCAGCAGAACCACCAUAAAUCAGUACCAUGUUGGUCGUAAAAUCGUCACGAAAAAAUUGGGCCCCACUGACGACGACGGCGACAGCGAUCUACUGGACGUAACCAAACUCUACAAGAACCCGGAAGGAACAGAGGCGGAACGCCUUGCCGUUUACAACGCGGUCCACGGGGUCCCCCGAGCCCAAGAACUCUACGACAUUCCCGACAGAGGCAACGAGGACGUCGCGUUCGACCUGGUGGACAUCGACACCGUCCCCUUCGGCGAAACCUUCUGCGUGGAGGUGAAAGUCGAGAACAAGUCCGAGGAAGAGAGAACCAUCAAAGCGGUGCUGUCGGCGAGCUCGGUAUAUUAUACGGGGACCACCGCGAAAGACUUGCAGAAAUCGAAAGGAACCGUGAAGAUCCAGCCUGGAAAGAAGGAGACACUGAGGUUGGAGAUCACUCCCGACGAGUAUGUUGGGAAGCUGGUGGAUCACAGUUUUAUUAAGCUGUACGCCAUCGCUAACGUCGAGGAGACGAAGCAGGUCUGGAGCGAGGAGGAUGAUUUUACUUUCAUCAUGCCCCAGGUGACGAUUACGGUGUCUGGGCUGCAGAAGAUCGGGGAAACCUGUGAAGUUAACUUCAGUUUUCGCAAUCCUCUUGACGUGCCAUUGACUGGAUGUUCUUAUACAGCAGAAGGACCUGGAAUCAGGAAACCGAAAAUUAUCAAAUAUCGCGAUGUUUUGCCAAAGGAGGUUAUCAACAUGUCUCAGUCCUUCACUGCGAAAGGAAGCGGAGUAAGAAAAAUCGUUUUCAACUUCACUUCGAAAGAAAUCCACAACGUACAUGGAAGUACGAAAAUCAAAAUAGAGGAAUGAAUUGGUUUCUAUUUAUUUUUUCAGGAUAUGUUAAUUCUUUUCAAGAUUGUCAAUAAUGAGCUUUUAUCUUAGAAUAAGGAAGUAAAUUAGUAGAAUAUUUUGUGUCAAACUAUAUAUACGUCAAUACUAAUGCCACACAUCCAUAUUGUACAUCCUUUCAACUUUUCAUUAAUACAAAUUAUUCAUAAAA